AGAGGAUUUAAAAAAAAAAAAAAAAAAAGGAAAAAAAUCUAAAAAAAAAAAAAAAUCCCCCAAAAAAGGAGGCGGCGGCAACGGUGGAGACCGCCGCGGCGGCGGCGCGCUGAGGCGGCCAGGGUCUCUGGACCGCAGCGAUGAGGAAGCCUCGGAGGAGGUCCCGGCAGAACUUGGAGGGGAGACGUUCUCCCUCGCCCUACAGCCUCAAGUGCUCACCGACUCGCGAGACCCUGACAUAUGCUCAGGCCCAGCGGAUCGUGGAAGUAGACAUCGAUGGGCGCCUUCAUCGCAUCAGCAUCUAUGAUCCCUUAAAAAUCAUCACAGAAGAUGAGCUGAUGGCCCAGGAUAUCACAGAGUGCAACAGCAACAAGGAAAACAGCGAGCAGCCCCUUUUCCCUUCCAAAUCUAAGAAAACACCUUCCAAAGGCAAGAAGAAAGAGCCCUGCUCCAAACACGCGCCAGGGACGUCUUUACACUUGCCCCAGCCCAACUUCCGUGUGGUGGACUUCUUCAGCCAGCCAGAUGCCCCUCCUCUCCCUGCCGCCUACUACCGGUACAUUGAAAAGCCUCCUGAGGACCUGGAUGUAGAGGUGGAGUAUGACAUGGAUGAGGAGGACCUGGCGUGGCUGGAAAUGGUCAACGAGAAGAGAAGGGACGAUGGUUACGGGACAGUUUCUGCUGACACUUUUGAGCUGCUGGUGGACCGGUUGGAAAAGGAGUCGUACCUUGAGAGCCGGAAUAAUGGGGCUCAGCAGUCCCUCAUUGAUGAGGAUGCCUUCUGCUGCGUCUGCAUGGACGAUGAGUGUCACAACAGCAACGUCAUCCUGUUCUGUGAUAUCUGCAAUCUGGCCGUGCACCAGGAGUGUUACGGCGUGCCCUAUAUCCCCGAGGGGCAGUGGCUUUGCCGCUGCUGCUUACAGUCCCCUUCUCGCCCUGUGGAUUGUGUCCUUUGCCCAAACAAAGGUGGAGCCUUCAAGCAGACCAGCGAUGGCCGCUGGGCUCACGUGGUUUGUGCCAUCUGGAUCCCAGAGGUCUGCUUUGCAAACACUGUGUUCCUGGAGCCCAUUGAAGGGAUAAAUGACAUCCCCCCGGCUCGGUGGAAGCUCACAUGCUAUAUCUGCAAGCAGAAGGGCAUGGGAGCUGCUAUCCAAUGCCACAAGGUGAACUGUUACACUGCCUUCCACGUCACCUGUGCCCAGCGGGCUGGUCUCUUCAUGAAGAUAGAACCCAUGCGGGAGACCAGCAUCAACGGCACAACGUUCACCGUGCGCAAGACUGCCUAUUGUGAGAGUCAUUCCCCACCUGGGAUGGUGAAAAAAGGGGCUCCAGCUGCUAGUGGUGAGGGGCGGGAGGACACUGUGAAGGAGGAGGGAGAGGAGGAAGCCAAUUCUGGCCCUCCCAAAGGGUCUCUGAAAAAGAACCAAGUGAAAUUGAAGCAGAAGAUCAAAAAAGAGCCUGGUGACGUGACCAACGGGCGUUCGUCUGUGCCCAUGGUGACAGUCGCACAAAUUCCCUCUUACAGGCUGAACAAAAUCUGCAGCGGCCUCUCCCUCCAGAGGAAGAACCAGUUCAUGCAGAGGCUCCACAACUACUGGCUGCUGAAGCGGCAGGCGAGGAACGGCGUGCCCCUGAUCCGGCGCCUGCACUCGCACCUCCAGUCCCAGAGGAACGCGGAGCAGAAGGAGCAGGACGAGAAGACCAGUGCAGUGAAGGAAGAGCUGAAGUACUGGCAAAAACUGCGGCAUGACUUGGAGCGGGCACGGCUGCUCAUCGAGCUCAUCCGUAAGAGGGAAAAACUCAAACGGGAGCAGGUGAAGGUUCAGCAGGCUGCUAUGGAGCUACAGCUGACCCCUUUCAAUGUACUUCUGCGCACGACGCUGGACCUGCUGCAGGAGAAGGAUGCUGCCCAGAUCUUCGCAGAGCCUGUCAACCUGAACGAGGUUCCAGAUUACCUGGAAUUCAUUUCCAACCCAAUGGAUUUUUCCACCAUGAGGCGGAAGCUGGAGUCCCACCUCUACCGAACAUUGGAUGAGUUUGAGGAAGACUUUAACCUUAUAGUUACCAACUGCAUGAGGUAUAAUGCUAAAGACACGAUUUUCCACCGAGCAGCUGUCCGGCUCAGAGACCUCGGAGGAGCGAUAUUGCGUCAUGCACGGCGGCAGGCUGAAAACAUUGGCUUUGACACUGAUGUGGGGAUUCACCUGCCCGAGUCACCCAAAACCAAGGACUUUUACCGCUUUUCUUGGGAGGAUGUGGAUAACAUCCUCCUCCCGGAGAACCGGGCUCACCUCUCCUUGGAGGCCCAGCUGAAGGAGCUGCUGGAGAAGCUGGACAUGGUGAGCACCGUGCGGUCCAGCGGCGCCCGGACACGACGCGUCCGGCUCCUGAGACGGGAGAUCAACUCCAUUCGGCAGAAGCUGGCCCAGCAGCAGAACAAGACCAUGCCCAAUGGGGAGCCUGUGCCGCAGGAAGAGGGGCUGGAUAAAUCCUCAAGGGAAGGGGAUGAGGAAGAGGAUAAAGGAGAUGAUGCCAAGCCCCCGCACCCUCCGACCUUGGAGCCCACAGGACCUGCACCCUCCCUCUCAGAGCUGGACUCUCUGCAGGAACCUCCGACGCUCAAACCCAUCAGUGAAAGCAAAUCCUUGAAUGAGCUGCAGAAGAGGGUGAUGUCGGACAGGGAGCUCUUCGACAAGAAGGCGCUGCAACGGGAGAGCCAAGCUUUCCAGCGCCUGCUCAGCGACAAUGGCCUCAACGGACUGGCCUUGCCGCCUGCAGACACCCCUGCCAGCCCCCCUUUCAGCGGCGUGGGCCGACGGACAUCUGUCCUUUUUAAAAAAGCUAAGAAUGGGGUGAAGCUGCAAAGAGGCCUGGACUGCUCCCUGGAGAACGGGGAGGACCACAGGCAGAGCGGGCAGCUUUCGCCCUCCCGCCCUGACAGGGAACGAGAAGCUCGGAAGCGGCCACAGAGCAGGACCUGCAGCGAGAGCGAUGGAGAGAAGUCACCCAGGGAAGCCGGACAGAGAGCAGGAGUGACUAACGGCUUCGCCAAGCACGCAGAAAGCGGCUCUGACUCGGAGUGCAGCUCUAGCCUGGGCGGUGGGCUGGCGUUUGAAGCCUGCAGUGGUUUGAUGCCUCCCAAGCGAAGUCGAGGGAAGCCGGCUCUUUCCCGGGUGCCCUUCUUGGAAGGCGUGAACGGAGACUCCGAUUACAGCAGCUCAGGCAGGACUCUCCUGAUGUCCCUUGAGAGUCAGGCUGAGCUGGAGCCCCUGGAGCUCGUGUGGGCCAAGUGCCGUGGCUAUCCCUCCUACCCUGCCUUGAUAAUCGACCCCAAGAUGCCGCGCGAGGGUUUGCUGCACAAUGGGGUCCCCAUCCCCGUCCCACCCAUGGACGUGUUGAAGCUGGGGGAGCAGAGGCAGACAGAGGCAGGAGAAAAGCUCUUCCUUGUCCUUUUCUUUGACAACAAGAGAACCUGGCAGUGGCUUCCGCGUGACAAAGUCUAUCCCCUCGGCGUGGACGACACAGUGGACAAGUUAAAGAUGAUGGAAGGCCGAAAAACCAGCAUCCGCAAGUCUGUGCAGGUGGCCUACGACCGAGCCAUGAUUCACAUGAGCCGCGUGCGGGGAGAUCAUCCCUUCGUUACGUCCAAUUACCUGUAAGGGCUCGGGGUGGCGGCUCCUCCUUUGCUUCCAGACCCGGCGCUCGCCGCCUCGACGGAGCGGCCCGUCCUCGUGCGCUGACCGGCCGGGGGACGCCGAGCCCAGCGGCUGUCAGCGCUCCUCCGAAGUACCCUGAAAUGUGCCAAAAAAAAAAAGAGCCUGUCCGGCUUCUUCCUGAAUGUGUCUCGCCGAAGAGCUGGCAGGAGGUGAAAUGUACAGUCCGCAGGGCCAGGAGCGGGGAGGUAGCUGGGAAAAGCUGCCGGGAGCCCAGGUGAGCUGAUGGCGGCGAGCAGAGGGCGGCACGCGGAUGUUGAGACCUCGCGCACCCUCCCUCGCCCCUGCCUGUCCCCCGCCACGGCUGGGGGGGCGCGUUUUGAAGUCGUCAGCCAGCCCCGAGUGAUUCCCGGGAACCUGUCGCCGCUGUAACCGAACCAGGAUCCUUUAGGGAAAUCCCAACUGGACUUUCUUGUGCCAAAUUUACCCUGACCGUCAUUGGCCUUUUUCAUUUUGUUUUUUUUUUUUUUUUUUUUUUAAAUGACGUUAUUGAUUGUCGCAUCGCAUUAAAAGGAGAAAAAAAAAAAAAAAAAAGAAGAAAAAAUCGUAGCUGGGAGUUUGCGUUACGAUUUUCCUGCCUACGUACGUAGCGUUUUCCCGUUGGGUUCCUCUCGUUGCGUUCAGGAAAGCUUGAGAUAUUUUGGUGACCUCCCCCGCUGCUGCGCACGCCUGACGUGCACAGAUGCACAGAGCUUUAAAUACAAAAAAAAAAAAGCAAAUUACCUGAUUUUGCGUGUGUGCGCGCACGCGCGCGUGUGUACGUCCUAGACAUUUAUUUGGUAGUUUCACGUUUAAAUUCUGAUUUCUGUGACCGUGCUUGUUCCAGUAACGUUUGGUAUCAGGGUUUAGUAUAGCAGUGAGUCUAAGCAAAGAUAACUUCCUUUUUUUUGUUUGUUUUUUACGCAGCAAAACUCAUUUUGGAGGUGUCUGAGGGGCUGGAGCAGCUCUGCGGGCACCGCGGUUGAUCAGGGUUGGAGGGAGAGGCAUCUUUUGCCUUGGUUUACGCGCAUUCGGUGUAAGGCUCCUCUGCUUUUCUUCCCUUGAUUUUCUGCCUCUCCGACGUUUUCCGCUGGCUCGGUUGGGCUUGAAUCCAAGCGCUGAGUAGAGCACACGACCGUUUUGCCUUUUCGCCUUCUCCCCGCACCACGCGGAUCCGUUCCCCGGUGCCGGGGCUCGGGGGGUCUCCAGCGUUGUCAUCCAUUAAAACCCGGUAAACCCGGCUCUGCAGACAAUCCCUGCGUUAUUUUGUUUUUUUUGGGGGGGGCGGGUUGUGUUGCAAAAACUGAUGUUUGGAAACCUGACGAGAAAACCCUUUUCUAUUAGCCAAGGACUUUAUGAUUUCUCGGGAUCUCUUCUGUUGUCUCUCCCUUUUUUCGCUUUCCCCGUUUGAAGAACCAAAGGCGCAGAGCAAGAUUGUAGAGUGAAUAUCACCAUUUCGCUUUUUAACUCACUAUUUUUUUAUUAUUUUAACUUUUUCAUACUGAAGAGAAUGUGGGGGUCAAAAUAAUUAAUAAUAAUAAUAAUAAAUAAUAAUAAUAAUAAUGAAUAGUGGGAAGUAAUCACUGCCAUUUCUACUUGGUCUACUUUUUUAAAAAUACCACUUCUUAUACAUUGGGACGCGGAACCACACUUGAAGGAAGAGUCCUGUAACAUAUAGAGGUGGGGCAUAGGGUUUUGUAAAAAAAAAUAAUAAUAAUAAUAAUAAAAUGCCUACGGAGUGUGGCUAGGGAAGGACGUUGUGUACAUAGUUGUAAAAUAUGGUUCUAAAUUAUUUAGACCUACUGUCACCGUUCUUGAAGUCCUCAGUUGUGUUGCUGGGUCUUUUAUAUGCACACCGUGUCAUUUAUUUCCAGGGACGUAACACUUUUCCGGGUGGUAGCUCAGCUGUGGACUUUGUGACCUGUGUAUAUGUUUUUAAGAUCUUGGGAUUUGGGGUUUUGUUUUCGGGUUUGGGUUUUUUUUUUUUUUUGGGUUUUUUUUUUUUUGGUUUUUUUUUUUUUUGGUUCGGUUUGGGUUUGUUGGGGUUUUUUUUUGUUGUUUGGUUUUGUUUUUUUUUUAAAUGACGUUUUAGAGUUUGAAUUGGCUGAUAUCCUGCUGUUGCUACGGGACCUAAACGUGACUGUCAGUCUGCUGUAAAGCACAGAUCGCUCUAUUUAUUGUAGAAAGUGAGUUUAUUUGCUUUCUAGAAUUGUUUAUAUCAGAUGGUAUACGAGAGGUAAUAAGAAAAUCUAUGCUUGUAAAGAGAAAGAAAAAAAAAAAAGCUAAUUUUACCUACUAUAAUCUGACUG